GUAUGCAUAACGUAUUCGCUGAUAAUAUUAUUGUUUGUGAGGAUAUUGCAGCAAGGCUCGGUGAGUGGGUCAGGUGUCGGGGCGGCCCUGUAGCGAGGAUAGAGUUCAGUUCCGCCGAGGAUGGCGUGGCGAGAACAUGUUGGGUAGGUGCGGUGCUGUGGAGGGAUGUGGCACGUGUGUGUGGUGAAGGAAAUGAAAUGAUUUAGUUUGUUAUAAAGAGUGUCGUCAUGUGAUACACCUUGACAAGUGGAGGAGCCGCCAGCAUGCCGCUGGUGAAACGUAAAGUGUCGCCCGUGAGGCUGGCGCGGCGGCCGCCCUCCUGGGGAACCACAGACUCCGCGGAGGAGGUGACCCUGCGGGGCGACUACGACCUGACAGCGGUGACCAACGUGACCCUGUGCGGUGCCCUGCGCCAGCUGGCUUCCCUGGUGACGGCGGCGCAAGACGUCUCACGGGAACUGCAGGAGGAGCUGGGCAAAAUCAACCUUCGGUCCAGCAGCCUCGCGUCCCGCCUGGCAGCCCUGGAGGGCCGCGUCGCCGCCCACGACCCCCGCGCCGUGCCCGUCCCCGAGGGUGACUUGAGGAGUUUCAGCGAGCGGCGAGACCACUACCGCCACACCGACCACGCCGCCGCCGACCUCUUCACGAAGGACUCCCGUUCGCCGCCGCUCCUCAGCCUCUACGACAAGGCUCACCAGACGCCCGUGCACAUCAUGCGAGAGAUCGAUCAACUGAGAGACGACGGGGUACGAAGUUCUCGAUACUUCUUCUGCGAACCUGUCCUCGGCGACUCGUUGAAGAAGGAAAAACUCCGAAAAUUGAACCUCGACAUCGAAACGAGAAGGCCAGCCAGCUUUGUUGCACUUCGGGAAUGGUGCUCUGAUGAUGAGACCUUGACGGAGGUGUGCCUGUCCCCAGUGUCCCCUUCAGUGCCAGCAAGGGUGUGUCCACCACAGAAGGAACCAGCUGCUCACAAACUGCCCUCCCCUGAGCAGCGUGUUCUUGCUCUCUCUCUAAAGUACCCUCCUGAGCUGGUUCCCAUAGAUGUCUCUGGCACUGGCUUCAAACGCCUUGAAAAAUUCCGCCAGUCACUAGUUCAUUUUGAAUACUAUAAAGGAAAGCAUCGCCGGAAGCGAGUUAAGAGGAGGAACACAAUCGCUGAUACUCGAGAUGUCCAGAUAGCUCUAGCAGAUAGAGAGGCAGCCUCCACAUCCUCUGGGCGUGGCAGGUCCUCCCCACGCUCUGGGUCACCCAGCUCCCGUGGAGGUGUCUCCUACACUGAUCGGUCCUUUGAUACAACAGAAACUCUUGACACCACUUCCAAUACCACCAAGACCAGCUUAGAGAGGGAGAAUCAUCCUCUUUCUCUGGGUGUUGAGGUGUGUGUUCCAGCUCCACCUCACAAUGUUCACACAGUUUCUCGGCGCAUGGCCAGGGAGAACACUUUUAGGGAAAAUGAGUUAACAAAUAGAGAAGAAGCUGGGUCUUCAGGAGGUAACCCUGUCCCAAUAGUUGGGUCCAGGCAGGCCCUGGGACCCCACAUAUACGAGACUGUCAAGAACGCCAAACGUGACACUACUGCAGAGAAGCAGAGGUCACACCUUCCCAUUUCAACUCAGUCACCAGCAAUGAAUGUAGCUGUUAAACUGAGAGAAGGAACUAAAGACGAAGCUACUCACUCUUCUUCUGGGAAUUGGUCGGCCUCUUCCAGCACCCGCACCUCUGUUGAGUCUGAUCAGCAGCGUCCUUUGGCAUCACCCACAUCUUCGUAUGAACAAGACUCAGUACCUUCAGAGUCUCUGCAUAUUCGAUCAUCAUCUCCCUCAAGUAAUCUGAGAACAAACUCCAGAACAACUGAUGAUCUGCCUUCCACAUCAUCCCACACAAGUGAUGGUACUUUAACUCCAACACAGGACAUACAGGAUAUUCCCUUCCUGGAUGAUGAUACUAGCUCUGCAUAUUCUUGUGACACUGAAGGGUACUACACAUCCUUUCAUAUAGACAGUGGUAUUCGGUCUGUCAGUUAUGAAGGAAACAAGCUAGCUGAUAGUGAAUACGAACUCUUUGGAAAAGGGAGUACAGGCACUACAAACAGCUCUGCCAGCAUUGGAACUGUAGUUAUGAGGAAUCCAGAGAAAAAGACUCCGCCAAAGCCACCUCAGAGGGUGAGCUCUUUGGAAAGGAAGCAAGAAAAUAGAGAAAGUGUAAUAACUGUGAUUCAUGUUAAUGGGUCCACAUCUUCACGUGAGGAUGUGGGAGGUGAAGCCCCUGAUAAGGCUAGUAGUCAAGAUGGCGAUAGCAGAAGUUCCCGUGAUGGUGACAGUGGUCGUGAAACAUCCAGUUCUCCUACUGAACCCACCAGUCCACGUCAGCCUAGUCUGCCUUCUCCAGAAAUGGAGUUUUCUGAAUCGGAUCUCGAGGCAGACAGACAGGAAAUCUUGAGAGUCAAAACUACAAUUAACUCAAGUCGAAUCCCAUCAAUGUGUGUUAUAACACCUCCGCAGAGUGAUGAUGAGAGUGUUAGGUCUGGGAAUGUUUCAUUGUCCAGAGAGAGUUCAGGAUCACAAAGUGACAAUCAAGGGCAACACCCACCUCCUCAGGGACUUAUGGGCUCCCUUAUUAAUCAAGGGCAAUCUCAUGGUGUUACUGCCAAAAUGCUGUCAUUCCAGAAUAGUGGUGCAAAAAGUGGUGGUGCAAGAAGUGUUGGUGCUAAUAGUGGGGGAAAGAGUGCAGUAGAUGGUAGUGUUGGUGAAAAGAAAGAUUCUGUAGGAAAGGUUCCUGUAGUUUCCCAUGGUUAUACUCCAACACUUACUGUUAUUCCUCGCGGUAAGGAUGGUGACAUCAAUGCUCAUUUGAAAGGUAUCAUGCACACUGCAGCUGUGUCUGCCCCUACCCGGCCUGAUCCCGACCAGCCUGUUUUAAUACGACCAUCAUUAGUCAAACAAGCAGAAAGAGAGAAAAGAUUAUCUUUAGAAAGUGAUGAUUCUCAAAAUUCUGAUCUGCAUAGACAGACAUCGAAGGAGGACAAGUCAAAAAUUCAAAACGAAAAGGGACAAGUUCAGAGUUCUGAGUUGGUAUCUUAUAAAGAACUGCCACCUCCAACAACAACUGCUGCCCAUCCCUUCAGUGCUGUGCCAUCCAGUGUAAAGCAAAAUGUUGUAAUCACCCCAACUAACUCCCUAGAGAGGAGGAAAGCCAAUCCUACUAAAGGUGGUGCAAGAGUGACUCUGAAUUCUGAUGGCAAGGUAGUAUACUCUUCAGACAGUCUCCCACGUCGUAAGGGUCACUCAUCUUUUGAACCAGGACCCUACAUCAAGCCACAAGUCACUAGUUCUUCACAGGCUCAGGCUGUGGGAAGUACUGCAAGCUCAACUGUUCUUUGCACAGCACACGUCAAACCUGCACCACCUGGAACAUCAAGUAGCAUACAACACACCCCACUGCCAGCUCCCCCAUCCCCGAGUGUUAAUGCCGACACAGCAACUACACUGCCUCAUCCAAUGGCACAAAGACCACAGCAACCUCUUCCACCUUCUGCAUCAAUUGUAUCUUCAAUGCCAGCAGGUCUUUCUCACUCCAAGCAGUUUCAGGCUGCAGCAACUCAAAGUGCACAGUCUUCAUCAGUGACAAGUCAUUCAGUUCCAGUUUCUACUCAAAAAUCACAAACUCCACCAAAACAAACAGUAUCUACACCAAGCUCACUGCCAACUCAGUCUUCUAAUGCACAGACAACAUUGCUCUCAAAGAUCCAAUCAUCAUCAUUAUCAUCCACUUCCUCCUCCUCCCCAUCAGCACAGUCUGUGCCAGUCUAUUCAAUACAGUCUCACCCAGCACCACAAUCUGUGUCUCAUCCAAUUCCUCAGGCACAACCUCACCCUAUACCUUCAACUCAACCUCUCCAAACCCUUACAUCACAACCUCACCCAGCUCUUCCAGCACUUCAACCAACAUUUACAUCACAACCCCACCCAGUUCUUCCACCACAAGCUCACAUAGUUCUUCCAGCACAGCCUCAAGCAGUACUGCAAUCACAGACUCACCAAAUAUCGCAAGUUCCCCCUUCACUGCCACAUCCUACGUUAACACAGGCACACCAGUCAUUAGCUUCACAGCCUUAUACAGUUUCAACACAACCUCACCCAAUACUUUCACAGCCACAUUCAGUAUCUUCACAUCCUCAUCCAAUUCAAGCAACACAGCCUCAUCCAGUACAGACCUCUCAGCCACUCCCAGCACAACAGAUUCCUACCCCCUCUCAGUUACUGUCAAGUGCAUCACCACAAUCCAUUUUACUACCAUCAAAACAAGCAGCCUCACCUCAUCUGUCUGUCAAGACACAGGUUAAAUCUGACCCACUUGUUACACAUCAAGGCUGUGUAGCUCCUACAUCCUCUCUUACAUUAAGUCAGACAGCAGUAACAGGGCAACAUUCACGCACCCCCCAACCACUUCCUCAGCAGAGGUUACAACAAUCAACUCAACCACAAUCCCCAAGUAACCAAAAGCAAAUUACCCUUGCUGGGAAGGGUGAAAGUGAACCAGCUCUCUCAGAUAAACAAAUUUCAAGUGUAUCUGGAAGUACUAACAGUAUAUAUGGAACAACACAGCAACAGCAACUACGGCAGCAGCAGCAGCAAAUUUUGCAAGCACGGCAAGAAGCACAAAGGCAGCUUUUACAACAGCAACAACAGCAGAUUUAUCAAACACGUCAAGAAGCUCAAAGAGUGAUUCAACAGCAGCAGUUGCAACAACUUCAACAACAGCAACAGCAGCUUCAGCAACAACAAAUGCAGCAGUUGCAGCAACAGCAGUUACAACAGCAAUUUCUAUAUCAAACAAAAGAUGAAGCUCAAAUGCAAUUACAGCAGCAACAGAUUAUAUUGCAACAGCCUAUAUAUCAAACCCACCAAGAAGUUCAACAAACACGUCAGCAAAUACCUCAGCCACCUCAGUCCUUGGGCCAGCAACAUCCUCAAGCUGUAGCCACUUCUGGAAGUGUAAUCAUGGCCUCCCCAGGAGCACCCAUGUCUCCCAGGAGUCAGCGAGCAGGAGCCUACGUGCAUGUCCAGGGGCAGGCUGGGGCAUCUGCACAGCAGACAGUAGCAGCUGCACAAACUUCUCAGGGCACUCAGUCUGGUAGUAAAGGUGGCCAACGCUCACAAAACUCACAGGGAUACACCUCUGGAGACACCACUUCUCGUGCACCCACCCCUGUACAGGGUCCCAUCACCUCCAGCCCUCGCCGGGGUGCCCAACCCAGCACUGUGGCCUUCACUCACCAACACCUGCGCACUGAUCCAGGUAUGUUGUAUGGGUCCCAGCGCAGUCUACAGAGUGUAGGGCUUCUUCCUGAAGGACGAGCUCAAGGCCAGCCCCAGCAACCACCACCCCGCCCAAUAUCUACCUCCCCACCUCCAUACUCAGAUCAUCACCACAGCCUCACUGAUAGUGAUAUAUAUGGAAGGAUUGGCAUGACUCGGCAUGUACAAGUUGGAGGAACUUUGCCGGCAGGCUUUGGAAGACACCAGCGAGGCUACAACUCCCUUCCUCCCUCUAGACGACAGUCAUACAUCCCUCAAACAGCUGAAGAACAACAAUUGUUUUUACAACAGCAGCAGCAGCAGCAACUCUCCAGGAGGUCAAGUGUGGCUUCCUAUACAGCUGGUGUGGACAACAGAGAUGGUCAACGUGCUGCAGCCUCCAACCCAAGUACCCCUGAGAAAGUUCUUGACAAAAAGGAAAAGUCAAGUAAAAAAGAAAAAGAUAAAAAGAAAAAAGAGGCCAAAACUGAAAAGUCACCAAAGAAAAAAUGGUUCUGGACUUUACCUCUUAGAAGGAAGAAGAAGAACAAAGAGGAGUCAACAGAGGAAGAUGAUGGGGGUUUCAAAGCUGCCUCUGAAAAGGGAGCGAGGAAGUUAUUGCCUCGAGAUGACUCGAGCUUUAUUCGCUACCCUUCACCAGACACUGCAUCCUCUGACAUGAACUCUUCUUAUUCAAGUGAAAUUUCUGGUGAACACAGUUAUCGUAGCAGCCCUUCCUCGGAAGUUUAUUAUUACAGUCGACGGUCACAACAGCAGACCGUGCAAUUACAACAGCAGCAGCAGCAACAGCAGCAACAACAGCAGCAGCAACAGCAGCACCAACAAAAGCAGCAGCAACAGGGAAGUGGUGUGGGCCCACGUUCACUUCCCACCACUCCCGUUUCCCCACCUGACAACAGCCAGUCCUCUUUUGUGUCAGUCAAUUCAGCAUCACAGGGUGUGAUGUCCGACGUAACUGACCUUACUGUAACUGAUCUAACUCGUGGCCGUCGCUACAUGAGCAGAGAGGAACUAUAUGCUGCUAUGCGUCACCCUCAGUACUAUAACUACCAUCGGGGAACAGUGACAACACCCACCAGUGAGUACAGUGGUCAGAGGAGUACCCCUACACCUAGCCGGAGCACUUCACCUGCAGUGUUUGGUGUUAGUCCCCUUCCACCAUACACUAUCAGGCCUCAGGCUCAAAGUUUAUACAGUGCAUGGCCUCCUGAUCAACAGACUGAUCAGCAGCAAACUGAAAGCUCUCUCAGAGACCAGCAAACUACCCAGCAUUUGUUGUCAGAGUCUCACUCAGAAGAUACUUCACCUACAGCAGAUGUUGAACCUCCAGAAGCUUAUCAGGACUUGGCAACAAGUGAGGGUCUUAGUCUCCUGGAGUCUCAAGCACGGUUGAGUCCCAGGAAACCCCCAUGUGGUCAAGAGUCUUCACAGAAUCAGCAGAACCAACAAUCCCAGCAGAGCCAACAGUCACAACAGGGUUCUCAGUCAACUCCCAAACAAACCUCCCGAGGAGAUUUUAAGAAAAUGAUCUUAAAUAAAAGUAUGAGCUCUGCUGGUGGUAAUCAUAGGAUAUCAGCAGUGGAAAUGCUAAAAGCCUCUCGUCCUGGAAUAUAUGGAUAUUCUCCUCCUCCAGCCCCAGUAGUUAAGCCUCCACAACCCUCCCCCUCCCCAUCAAGAGGUGAAGGCGUCAUUAUUCCACCCUCUUCUCGCAAUACUGCCAGGGCAUUGUUGUUCCAGAGUCGCUUUGGAAGUGGCCGACGCUUCCGCACCCCCAAGACAGAGAUCAUCAGUACUACUAUCUUGGAAGAUCAUGGAGGAGAGGUUGUAGAGCAGGAAGAGGAAGAAGAGGAAGAAGAGGACAGCAGUUCAGAAAGCCCAGAUCAUUCUACAAUACAGAAUGUUAGGGGUCCUCUUGCUAGAGCUUAUAGUGAGCCUUGUGCUUCUUCCCACAUAAAGUCCACAUCUCCUUCCUCUUCCCCAGUGGAUGAAUUUGCUCACUCAACUCCUAAUACCACCCUUGAGCAUCCACCACAGCCUCCUGAUGUAUCAAUCAUCAAUCCUGAUCCAGUACCCGAGCUACAGUCCAAAGAGAAAGACAAGGAAAAUGAUGAAAAAGAAUCAAUGGAAACAGCCCUCUGACAUGAGGCUUAAUCUAGUCUUAAGUACAGUAUUUGUGAAAAUAAUGCUCAAGGGUCAUGUGACUUAAGGGGAGUGGACGCCAAGAAAACAUUAUGCAAGUCUUAGGUCCAAUGAUAAAAAAUAGUGAAACAAUAUCAGAGUAUACCUUGAACUCUAGUUUCAUGUGAAAAAUUGGCAAUGAUAUUAGGAAUAGAAAUUCAUCAAAAUAAACAAUAUAUGAGAUUCUGGGGUACCCUGCCCAUUUCAAAGUUGUGUAUUCAAAUAAGAUCUGAACAUUGUUUAGUAAUAUACACUUAAUCAUUUUCUCUCAAAUUUAAUACUUAUCUCAAAAGAAUCAGGUGACAUGUAAUAUCCCCAUUUUUUAUUUUACAAUUUACACAUGAUUUUAACCUAGAAAAUUAUUUAUCAGAACAACUGAAUGAAAUUUAUGGGUUUUGUCAUUUAUACAGCCCCACACAACAAAAUAAAUCAGCCAGACCUGGCAAUAAAUAGGAAGUCUUCUGAAGUGAUGAUAAGAAUUAAAUGAAACUAGAUUUUUUUAUUUACAUAGCCUCACACAUCAUAUAAAAAAAUCAGUCUUAUUGUAUGAAUAUGAAUGUCAUUCUCUCAGUAACUGGCGUCUCCCCCCUUAAAACUUUAUUAAACAUUGGUCUUGUUAUAAAAAGAGAUUGCACAUUACACUCAUAUGGAAAAGACUUUUGAAAAAACUGGCCCUGUGUAAACCUCUCAUUAUUAUUUUCUAGAAAUGACUGGGCACAAUGUUCUGAUGUAUAUUAAUUCAUACCUAUUUUCAUUGUACAUUUGUAAUAUGAUCAAAUUUUUAUACACUUGAUGUCACUUUGUUAAAUGAGCUUGUAGAUUCAUUUUAUCAUACACUAUAGUGUUACUGGUGAUUGGCUAGUCAGUGUAAAUGGUGUAUGGUUAUAUAUUGAACCCUCUCACCCUAUUGGUUCAUACCAAUGAUGUGUGGCAGAUGGGCAAUCUUGGUGACAGGCUUCAGAUUCAUGCUAUUAUACACCCACAGACUUCUGCAAGACUGACAUACUGCCAGCCUGAAUGCAUGAUCUUAGGGACACAGAAGUAAAGGAGUGUUUUUUGGUUAACUAUAGUAUGAAUCUCUAAUUGGGUUUGUGUGAGCUAUUCUAUUACUUUCUCAAUAAAUGUGAAUGAAUGAUUACUAUCUUCAUGCUGUGGACUCUAAUUCCACAGUAACAAAGCUUCAGCAUCAAAUACAUGGAGAUCUUAGAUUUAGUAAGAAAACUUGUGUUAUUAUGGAGAAAGAAGGAAAUCUGAGUCAGCCAAAUAGCAGUCAAUAAAGCCUUUUUUGUAUACUAAGUAAAGGAAAAUGUAUGUAAAUAUAUUUAUAUGUAUCUUGGGUGUUGAUGCUACUGUGUAUUCUUUAGGGUAAAUAGAUUGAGUUAAUUAUUUGAGAUAACCACACCCUCACUUUUGCUCAGCUGCCCAAGGAAUUACAAAGGUACUACUAGUCUCAGGGGUACGCACAGUGUUACACCACCACCAUUAGGUGAGUGUAGCAGCCAAAGAAAUACAUAUUAUCAUUCCACACAGUAUCUGACUUAGUGACCUUCGACCCUAAGCAUAAACAUUCAUUUAAUUCAGAGAAAAAAAAAAGACUAAGCCAUACAUAACAAUGGUGACUGACAAGCACCUCAGAACUUCUAUGACAAAGAAGUCGACCAAGUUCCAUAGUAUUUUUGCUGCUGCAUUUUCAUGGGUGUGUGUAAGCCAGACCCAAACACAGCUCAUCUAUACAUAAUUUAACUCUCUUACUUGAAGAAAUUAAUUUUUAUAUAGCCAAAUUUUGAUCUCAGUUGUGUAGUUUCCUCCCAAAGUUCCUUAACAUUCCCAAAGUUAUAAGUUAACUUUUUUUUAUUAUAAUAUUAUGUUGAAUAGUUCAUAAACUUGUAACACAUUAACUGAAUUAGGAAGUGCCUUUUUGUCCCAUGAUAAGUUUAAUAAUUUGUUGUAGCAAUAAUAUGUAUGAUGUACAUAUGUAUAUUAUCUGUAUAAGCUUAUAGGAACAGGUGACUUCUGCCCUCUACUUACUUUUGUACUGAAAUGUAUAAUUAUGCUUUAGCCACUGUGAAACCAAGAUAUUUUUUUGUAUUUAGAAUUCCAACUGACAAGAGCUUGAGGAAGACUUAGGCUCAUGCUCAAAACACACCAGACGUAGAUGAAGACUUUUGUAAGGUACUCGUCUCUUUGUAAGAUGUUUGACAACUUAACAAUGCUUUAUAUACAAAUACAUAUGGUCAUUCCAAACAAAAGGAAUGUUUUGUUUUUUACACUGCUAUGGCAGCUUUUUUGCUGGCCAAACUGCUUAUAACAGUAUUAA